AAUUGUGUUGAUGUAAUUGAUGAAGACUCAGAGUCACUCGUAAUGGAAAUGAAAAUCAUACACUCGGCCAAGGCCCUUUCUCCUCUUCCCUCUUGGUAUCUCCUCAUUCGGAUUCUCUCUCUCGCACUCGUGUAAAUUUCACUCUGCGCUCGCGCUUCCGUUUCCUUUUCUGUCAUGUACGUUCUGCUGGUCUGGUCAAAGUGUUUAUGUAUAAUGGAGUGGACGGAGUUGGAUGAACGUGUGAGGAUUCAGGGAGUUUGAGAUAAUGGGAAUAAUCGUGGAAUUGUGGAGAUCGUGGGGCUUUUCGUUGUAGAUGUGAGGAUGGGAGUGGAUGAUUUCCAGGGGGUGAGGAAGAUGGACUCGGGGCGAGGAGUCUUGGUGGUUUAGGGUGCCAAGGGCUUCUUGGGUAUUUUCGUGGUGAGGGGGGAGGAGGAGGGUUACGAGUGACUCUGAGGAAAGGGACAGUGAUUAUUGUGAUAUUUAUGAGUUUAUUUAUUUCUGGAUUGUACAGUGAUAAUAGAGGGACGACGAAGAACGACACCAGGAGCAACAACGGGUUAACAUAAGAGCUGACACGUUAAUCGUGAAGAUGUUCACGGGCACAGUAAAAGUGAGGAUAUGCGAGGCAGCGGGUCUCAGGACGACCGACAAGCACCGAACAUUUUGGCAGGGUGCAUCACCGAUAAUCGACCCCUAUGUACUCCUCGAUGUCGACCAAAAUCGCCUCAAUCGCACAUCAAUAAAACCGAAAACCUUCGAUCCCGUUUGGAACGAAUCUUUCACUCACGAUGUUCAGGCUGCUGUUAUGCUUGGACUGACUGUAUUCCACGAUGCUGCACUACCACCCGAUGACUUUGUUGCUAAUUGUAGAAUUCCAUUUGAGGAGCUUGUGAGACGUGAAGAUGAAACCACUGACUUUUGGGUCGACCUCGAGCCACACGGGAAACUGAGGGUCCAGAUAGACCUGAAAUGGAGCAACCAAGAUCAACAAGCUGGCUGCAGUGCAGAUGCAGUUGGCGAGAGUGUUGGAUCAGGUGGUGGGAAGGACAGUGGUGCUGUAACCGGGAGCAUGGAACCACGUGGAUUCACCGAGCGUGGACAAGGAUUUAAUCGACGUAGGGGUGCAAUGCGUAGGAGGAUUCAUCAGGUCAAUGGGCACAAAUUUAUGGCCACUUUCCUCACGCAACCGACAUUCUGCUCGCACUGCCGUGAAUUUAUUUGGGGCGUCGGAAAGCAAGGCUAUCAGUGUCAAGUUUGCACGUGCGUUGUUCACAAGAGGUGUCACAGACUAGUGGUAACAAAAUGCCCGGGUAUGAGGGAAGAGGAGAAGAAAACUAUGUUGCAGUCCAAUGAGGGAACACAGGGACAAAGAUUCAGUGUUAAUGUACCACAUCGGUUUGAAGUCCACUCAUUCAAGCGGUUCACGUUCUGCGAUCACUGUGGAUCGAUGUUGUAUGGAUUAAUUCGACAGGGACUCCAGUGUAAAGUUUGUGAUUUAAACGUCCACAAAAAAUGUCAAAAGAACGUAGCCAACAACUGUGGCAUCGAUACGAAAGCAAUGGCGGAGAUCCUGAGUACAUUGAACAUCUCCCCAGAUCAACAGCCCAAAGCCCCAAGAAUCAAUUACAAACCUAGCUCAUCGAGUAGUUCUUCGCACACCUCAGCUCCUGACAAGGAAACUACACAAUCAGAGAACACAGACAACAGUGAACAAUUCGACGAUGCAGCAUCGUUGAUCGAUCUGACACCACGAGAAGACGAGAACGAGACGAGGAAAUUUGCCCUCGAAGAUUUUAGUUUCAUCAAGGUGCUGGGUAAGGGCAGUUUCGGAAAAGUUAUGCUCGCUGAAUGCAAGGGAAUUACGGACGAGAUUUUCGCUAUAAAAAUCCUGAAGAAGGAUGUUAUCAUUCAGGACGACGAUGUCGACUGCACAAUGACGGAAAAAAGGAUUCUAGCACUUGCUGCCAGGCAUCCAUUCCUCACUGCACUUCACAGUUGCUUCCAGACCCCCGAAAGAUUAUUUUUCGUUAUGGAAUAUGUUAAUGGAGGUGAUCUCAUGUUUCAAAUCCAAAAAGCGCGUAAAUUCGACGAAGUUCGAGCCAGAUUUUACGCAGCUGAAGUGACACUCGCCCUUCAAUUCCUCCACCAGCACGGAGUCAUCUACCGUGACUUGAAGUUGGACAAUAUAUUACUGGAUCGUGAGGGUCACUGCAAGCUCGCUGACUUUGGAAUGUGCAAGGAGGGCAUCAUUGACGGACAGACAACGGCCACAUUCUGUGGUACGCCUGACUAUAUUGCUCCCGAGAUCCUCCAGGAGUUGGACUACGGGGCCUCGGUCGAUUGGUGGGCCUUGGGGGUCCUCAUGUACGAGAUGAUGGCUGGACAGCCGCCCUUCGAGGCCGAUAACGAGGACGAUCUUUUCGAGUCCAUACUCCACGACGAUGUUCUGUAUCCAGUCUGGCUCACCAAGGAGGCUGUCUCGAUCCUCAAGGGAUUUUUGACGAAAAAUCCAGCGAGACGUCUCGGGUGUGUCGUUGCCAAUGGCGGAGAGAAGGCUAUUAAAUCACAUCCUUUCUUCCAACACAUAGACUGGAGAGCACUUGAAGCGAAAAGGGUCAAACCCCCUUUCAAACCCAAAAUAAACAAUGAGAAAGACGCGACGAACUUUGACGCUGAAUUCACGAAAGAAGAGCCAGUCCUCACGCCAGUCCACCAGUCUGUCCUGAACGCAGUGAAUCAAGACGAAUUCAAGGGCUUUUCGUUCGUCAAUAAGGACUUCAAUCCAACUCGCCUCGUCACUCCCUAAUGAGCAAUAUCAUCCCCCUCCGAUGAUAAAUCGAACGCCGAAAAAUCACAAUCGACUGGCACAUACAUUCGUGCGUUAUGUCGACGUCUGUCACGUCGAUUAUUACCCCCAGGGAGCACAAACGUAAUGGACAAUGCACAGGUAAAACCUAGAACGUAAUCAAGGUCUUAUCUCCAGUUGUUUAGCAAUUUUUUUUUUCUCAAUUCAUUGACUAUUUCAUUUUUGUAAAUGACGAACUCAAUUAAUGAAUCAAUUCACCAAUUAAUUAAUCCGUUUAUUGACGAAGUAGUCGAUGAAUUGAUCAGUCGAGUGAUAAAAUUGAUGAAUCAAUUAAUUAAUUAAUUGAUUUAUCAAUCAACUGAUUCCGAAAAAAUGAGAAAAUUCACAUUUCUUCCAGAGUUUUGUGGAAAAGUCAUAAUUUUUACUCAAAAAAUGACCACUAAUUAUUUAAUUAGACAUGAUACUGUCCACAAUACCAUGAAAUUUUGAUAGGAAUGUGAGAAAAAAACAGAAGUGACCAACAUUUUACUAAAAAAAUCAUUGAAACUUCGAUGAGAUUGAGAUUAUAACGAUUAUUUUACCAAAUAAUUGUGCGUAUCGGUUCAAUAAUAAUCGAGCCAUUGAUUGUUUAAACUAUCGAUCGAUGGAGAUGAAGGUACAAGCACUUGAAAUUGAUUUUUAAUGAAAAAAAUCCGAUCAUGAGAUUAUUAUACAGAGGAGAUUGAAAUAAGAAAAAUUUAUCGUAUGAUUUUGAGAUGAUUGAUAUCAGUUCCCUGGUGGUUCUGAUAAAUUAUAAAUAAUAUAAAUAUUUAAUAACUAUUUUAGAAUAAUGCCUAAUGUAGUCGAGCACAAGAGGAGCAUUCACUGAGUUUAAAUCAUUGAAUCUGAGUGAAAAAAAAAACAAAAAUUCAAAAUGAAUUUUAACAGAUUUUUUCAUUAAUUUUGAUUGAUUCUGUUGAUUCAUCAUUUACACCUAGAUACUCUUACGUGUUGUCUCUAUCUAGUUAGGUAUGUCAGUGGCUUGCGAAACAAUUGACUUAAGGAAUCUCGGUAUUAAUUAAUGCACAUCGUCCUUAGUAGAGCAGUAAUUAAUUAUUAAUUAACGAAACGUCAUUAUCUGAGGAAUUUUGAGAGGAGGAAAAAUAUUUAUUCGGGUCAUUGGAGAGGUGAAAGGCUGACAAAGGUCCUUCGUUAAUUACUGACGAGAUGAUUAAUUAAUUAGUGAAGAGGAUGACAUUUUAAUUGGUUAAAAUCUAAUUAAACAAUAAUCAUUCAUUCGUUAUUAAGAAGCCUGUUAAUUUCGUAAUCAUCUCAUUAAUGGAUGUCAAAAUUAUCAUGAAAAACACAAAAUAAAACAUUUUUCUUUUAUUUCCUCUUUUAAUUGCUUCACUAAUUAAUUAGUCAUUGAUAACCUAAUUAAUGAAGGGGAAAAUUGUCAGUCAUAUUUCACCAGUGAUUUUCGUACUUAAUUCAUCCGUCGUAAGAGGAUUAAACUUCAAAAAUUCAUUGGAGUCAAAAUUUUUGUUGCAAUUAUUAAUUUUAUUUUGUUUUCGUUAAUACCAAUCGUUGACAGUGUUGGGAAAUUCGAUGGGAAACCAGUGCUGACGAUUUUAAUGUUUUUUCCGAGAAUUGUCGAUUAAUUAGUUGAUAAUUAAUAUUAACAUUCAAUCGCGAAUUGAAUUACUGAUAAGAAAAGUAUUUUUAAAUUAUUAAUUAAUGAACAAGUGAUCAAUUCUUCAAUUGACAUGUCAUUCUAAUGCGAUAUAAGCCCCAAUUGCUGGAGAAUUGCCCAUGAAAAUUGGUAAAUUGAUUAAUUGACAAAUUGUUGUUGUGAUAUCGUUGUCGUAUUAAAUAUGAAAAAAUAUUUUUAUUUAAUUUUAGUUUUUAGUUUGUAAGCGAUAAGUCGAGGGAUUAUCUUGCUUCCUGGGCCGCGAGCCUGUGCGGGACUCGCGGAAUGUGGAAGUGACAAUUUUCGUAUUCGUACUUUAGUAAUUUAAUGAUAACGGUAAUUAUUAAUGAGGAAUUUAUUGUAGAGGUAGAUGAGGAACAAAUUUAAUAUAAAUUUGUACAAUCUCUCAUUGAUCGUCUUGGGUUUCCGUCGAUUUUUCACGCUCUCAACGAUUCUGGCAUUUUUUUAUGACCUAAAUUGAUUAUUAUGGGAAGUGGUAAUACGUCAUCAGUGAAAUAUUAUUUUGGUGAUCAUGGAUUUGAAAAUGAGGAGAGGAGGGGGAAAGGCUGGACGGUAUUUUUUGGGGGUUUUAUUUUAUUUGAGCAUCACGAAAUUAUCUCGAUACGUUUUACCACUUCACUCUUGAACUCCUCCGAUCUCCACUAAAAAAAUAAGCUAAAAAACCAUUAAAUGGAGGAAAUUGAUUAAAUAAAAUAAUCUUAAAGGGUGCAGAAUAUAAAAAUCGAUGCGAAACGGUUAGUCCGGCCUACGUUUAGCAAAAAAAACAAGAAUUAUUCGCAUAAUUUUGAUGAUAAAGAUUAAAAAAUUAUGAACUUUCACUGAUAAUUAACACGUAAGAAAGAGCAUAUAAAUAAAUUUCGAGUAAGAUUGAUUAUUAGGUAGGUUAAUAACAAAACCAAAGUCUUCGUUCUUGUGUUGAGCUUGUGAAUGUGUGCGCGCGGACGUCGGGAAUGUCCAGAAACAGUUUUUUUAAACUUUUAUCGACUCUCAAUAAUUUUUUUUAUUCUCGAAUUGAUCAGUCUCUGUGGUGAUUCACCAUGUUUCAUCAGUUGCUUGAUUAUCCCCUAAUGACAGAGAAGGUUGAAUAAUUGCCGUCCUGAUCACAUCGAUUGCGAGUGGAAAAUUACUGAUGAAAAAACGAUUGAAUUUUCAAUUUCGAUAUUUGUUUUCUUCCCCCAAUUUUAGGAGAUUACCACAGAGAUUGAUUAACAGUUUUUUGAUGAUUUUUAUACGUUUGUUUAACACUUUUUUACAUUUUUCCUCGGUUUUCGUCGAUAGGACUCCCAAGUUUCUCCUUUUUUCAUCAAUAUCUCCGGAACUAUUGGAUAUAGCAGAAAAUAUGACAAGAAGCUUUUUUCAGGAAAUUUUCUCCCAAGAAAUAAAGCUCUUCUUACAUUUUCUUCUAAACCCACAAAUUCCGGAGAUAUCCACCAUUUUAUCAAAUACAUUUUUGAAAAGAGACAAAAUAUCCUGUGUAUUACUUAGUAAUUAAAAGAUGAUGAUUAAACAAAUAAAAAAUAUAAAGUGAGAGCGUCGAAAGCAGAGCUUUCGGCGUAUAUAUGACGUACAGAGUCUAUGCAGUACACUAGAGAUCUAUAAACAAAGGAAAAAAAACUAAACAAAAAAAUAAACAAAACCUAAUGAAUUACCAGAGAAAAAAAAACUACCUGGCUCCUCAUUAAAUCGCGCUGUCCCGUUCGAUGUGAUUUUUUAUCGCUAAUUUAUAGUCUAAAUAACUAGCGUAAUACUACAAAAGAAAACAAAGAUAAAUGAAUACGUUGAAUGUUAAACUAAAAGAAUUUAAUUAAAUUGAGAAGAAAAAAAUUUUAAAAUGUGAAAAAAAAUUAACAAAAAAAAUAUAAUAACAUUAAUUGUCAGUAAGAUAUUAUUGUAAACGUCAAUAUGUCUAUAACGUGCUUGUGUUUAGUAUCUAGAUGAUGAAAAUUUAUUGAUUAAAUUAAUUGUUGAUAGCACCUGGGCUACGGUGCGGGCACAAGAUAUAUUUAAACGAUUAUUGAGUGAAAGAGCCCGUUUACGAAAAUUUCACAGAAUUUGAUGUUGAAAGUGUUAAAGUAAAAUGCGUUAUCCUCGUACCUAAAUGAUGUAUAUGCAGGCUCGAUAAUUGCUGAAGGCUGACGGGCACUUGCGAUGAUUUUUUUUAGAAUUUAAGGAGACACCGAGCACCGUUACGAUGUAUAGAACAAUUGCAAUUGAGUCUUGAGAUUUUUGAUUGAUUUUUUUAAAUCAUUGGAGGUGAUGAGCCAAUGAACCAAUGAUAAAUCACAAAAAAUAUUUCUGAAAUAAUAAUUACGUUAAUCAACAGUCUCAGUCACGUGCCACAAUGAUUUACGCUUCCCAAUGAUUUAAUAAUAUUUUUAAAUACCAAUUUAAUGAAUAAGUGGAUGAACAGAAAGAGAUAAAAACAAUAGAAGAAUAAACUUAAAAAAAUAUAUGAGUAUAAAAAAUAAACUCUGAGCGUUCUAGUUAGUAAGACAGUGCAAUGCCUAUUUAAGCAGAAGAAUCAAGAGAGUAAUCAAUCACUUCUUUAUUAAAAAAGCGAGUCAACUAAAUUAAUAAUUAUUUUUUCGUAAUCAAUUAAUUAAAAAACUGCUGAGCGGUUACCUCCUUAAUUAUUCAAAUUGAUAAUAUAUUUUUUAUUCAAUGGAUCUCGUUCAAUUUUUGAUUGACAAAAGGUACGAUUGCACUGAUCAGUCGAUUUUACCAAACCAAAGACGUACAAGUUCCCCAGUAAUUAAUUAAUGUGGCACUGUCCAGUGGAUGAGUAUUCAAUAAAUUAUUUCAAGUCACUUUCUAAGUUAACAGUUUAACCAACAAACGCACAUGCCUCGUUUAGCUUUACUAGAUAAUGAAUUAAUGAUUAAAUGAAAGAGAAAACAAUCUAAAAAUUGUCACAAAUUAAUGAAUAAUUAACCGUACUACCUUGAAUACAUGACAGAGCAGAUCACUUAUUAAAAAUGGAUCUGAAGAAUACAAAUUUAAUUAAUUAAUUGUAGUUAUUAUUUUACGUUUCUUAUUUGUGAUAAAACAAAUUAUUGAUCAACUGUUUCAUUUUCAUUUUUUUGUCAUUCUGCGCAUAUAUCGAAAAAUAAUGAAAUACAAUUCAGAAAAACACUUCUGUUCGGGAAAUCAAAUUCUGUAAGAAUUCUAUUUGUUAGAUUUUUAUUUUCAUCCACGGAAUAUCUCUGGCUGUUUAAUUACAUUCUCCUGUAAUUAACUUUGAGAGUCUAUUAUCAAUGGUUGUCAGUAAUGACUAAGUAACCGGUGCAUUAAUUAUCAGCAUUAAUACGUUUAAAACUCGAUACUUGUGUAAUUGAUUUUGUAAUUAUUGUAAUAUCAAUUGCCAAUUGUUUAUGGUUGUAUUUGUGUAGUUGAUAAAUUCAACUUAGUUUAGGUGUUUUUCAUUCGCUUGAGUGUUUAGGUGCCUAUCGAGAAUUGAGGGCAGAGGUGUGAGGGAAUCGAGGAGAUUGAAUUGGUUUUUUUGAAAAUAUGUUCGAAUGCUCUCAAGAGAAUAACCAUUUCCCGAGCUUGAAAUAAAUUAAUUGAGUUUAUUCAAAUAAUCGAUUUAUUAAUUAGCUACAUAUUUUCUAUCCAGGUCUGCCAAAAAUAGUCUGCCAUUUUUUUUGUCAAAAUUAUUGCAAAAUAUCCACUUUGAUCUCCUCGAACACCGCAAAUAACAAACAAUUACCUGAACUGUAACCAAAAUGGAGGCCGAGGCAAAAUACUUAAUAAAUCAAUAAUGAAGAGAUGAAUCCACGAAGUGUACCUUUUGCUGCGUUCGAAAGUAAUUAUUACCAAUUAAAUUAAUUAUCUUCAUUAUUCUAAACGCACGAGAAGGGGAAAGAUAAAGUAAAACUGGUUAAUGAGUAAUUCAUCCUGCGAGUGAACAACUACCAAAAAUGUCCCAGUGAAUAGAACAAAAUAGGGUAAAUGAACACGUAACGCUUUCGGUGUUUUCAGACAACAUAACAAUGAGAAUAAAAAAUAAAGAGUAACACGUGAUGUUUUAUUGUAUUCAUCAGCGACGAAGAUUAAUUCAUUUGUGAGUGAAUAGAACGAGUUAAAUUGAAAUGUCGUUUGAAGUGAGAGAAUAAAGAAAGACAAAAGAGUUUAAAAAAAAACA